CCAAUGACACCAGCAGAACUGAAAUACGUUCUGGAAGCGAAGACACGAGACAAUGGACUCACGCAAUCUGGGAUUCUCCAGUGCUGGCUACAAGGGAUCAUCGGGACCAACAUGCCUCUCAGCAUGAGCAACAGUGCAGCAACCCUCGCACUUCAGGACGCUACCAUAGUUGGGCUAGAUGCAGAAUGGUACGAGCACGACUCGUCUUUGAUAACUGAACUGGGUGUCUGCAUCCUCGAUCCUCGGAGCAUUCUCAAACCUAGCAGUACCAGUACCAUAGGUCCGUCAUCAGUGUGGGACAUUCUCGCGGCGCUGGAAACCCACCACGUACGUAUCAAGCCGCACGCGCACCUGGUCAACAAAGACUUCUGCAGCGGAUAUCCCGAGAACUUCCAAUUCGGAAGUACAACCUUUGCAAGCAUCCCAACCGCCCAAGAAAUGCUGCGGUCCAUCUUCCUCCGCCACGACGAACAUGCCUUCCCUCGCCCCAUCAUCUUCAUCGGGCAUGCUGUAGACAACGAUUAUGAAGUCCUCAAGCAGCGCUUCGGCAUCGAUGUCUUAAGUCUAGGCAUAAUCGUCUCAACCCUUGACACCCAAACCAUAGCCAUAGAACAGUCACUCUCCCCCAUGAACCGUCAGAUCUCAUUAAAAAAUCUCCUCGCACACUACGGAAUCCAAGAGCAGUACCUGCACAACGCAGGCAACGAUAUCGUAACCACCCUCAUCACCGCCCUCCUCAUG